AUGACUAUGGACGUGAGUAAGUCGGAGACGAAUAAAAAUGGCACCACGCCGCAAGAGUGCGCCGGUUGCGAGAAAACGAUCACGGAAAGGUUUUACCUAAAGGCCCUGGACCUCUACUGGCACGAGGAUUGUCUGAAGUGCGGCUGCUGCGACUGUAGGUUAGGAGAGGUCGGCUCUACCUUGUUCACGAAGGCCAACCUUAUCCUCUGCAAGAGGGACUACUUCAGGCUGUUCGGGAACAAGGGAUACUGUUCGGCCUGCAAGCAGCAGAUACCGCCGUUCGAAUUGGUCAUGAAGGCCAGGGCAAAUGUCUAUCACCUCGACUGUUUUGCCUGUCAACAGUGCAGUUAUCGGUUUUGCGUGGGCGAUCGAUUCUACUUGAACGAGAACAAAAUCCUCUGCGAGUACGACUACGACGAGAUGCUAGCGUUCGCCAAUAUGUCAGCACAAACACCCGCCUCGCUGGCGUACAUCAAAAGGCAACUGCCCCCAACGCCGACGCCGCCUGGCCAGAACAUGCAUCCCGGUCACAAUCCACAGCAACCUCAUCAGGGACUUGGUCAGUCGGUGGGUCAACAUAAUCACGUGUCGAACGGUCAAAUGUCGGGGAGCACACCAACGGCGAACGGGACAGCCAUAGGUGUCGGUGGUCCCAGGGCCCCCGGGGACAUGAACAACAACGGACUGUCGGGGCCGGCCCUCGGCCCGGUGAAACCUCCGCCGAUGUCCGUGCAGGCGUCGACCAGCUGAAACGAGCUGUCACCGCCAUUGAAGAAACUCAGGUGUCUCAGCGGUUACUAAUGCCGCGCGACCAAUGCGCAAUCUGAGAACGUUGAUCGACGUAGCCGGCGGACGUGCACAAAAACCACGCGAAAAGUGAACGCGUCCGCGAAUGGACCAGAGUGACAACACAGCACAACAGACGGGUGGAAAGGGUGGGAGGCGUAACGAAUCGCGAGGAUCCGCGAUUCCGUACGAAACCGACGAAGAAAACGUCGGGUGCCGACUUCCGGCGAAGUAUCCCCGCGGACGACGCAUCACCGGGCGAUCGAACGUUUUUUUGCCGGUGGACUUCGUCGGGAUGUUCGGCGGAUAUAAUCACUGUGAUCGCGCGAAAGAAUGUGAAAGAAAAAUUUAACGGAGAAUUUUGUUGAUAAUUAUAUCGGUCCGUAAGAUCGUACUAACGCGUAUAUAUGUUAUAUAUACACGGACAGACGUGUACACACACACACACAGAGAAUCUAACUGGAUAUACAGAGAGGCACACCGUAUACGCGUCUUGUAAAACACACAGACACACAUACAUACACGGUACCGACAUGUAACGAUAAAAUAGACGAUUUUAUGUAAGAUACAUUUCUAGAGUGGCGUGAACGAUUUAGAGGCGUGCGUGUGUGGAAGUGAGCGUGCGGGCGAACGUAGCAGAGUUUUAUUGUAAAUAAUCCGGUAUCGUUGACUCUGCCAUUCACCACACCCCCCCCCUUCCCCUUAAAAGACUAUCAGUAUAC